AUGUUGACUUUUGUACAGACAAAUUGUGAUGGCCAAACCUCGAUAGAGUUAAGCACAGAGAGUUCUACUGCGCAGAUAUCUCCUGAGGACGUUAGUUUUGAUAAUAUUGAGAUUGAUGAUGAACUAAAGGAAAAAUUUACUGAACUUUCUUGAGUGCUGUUUCACCCAGAGAACUAUCCACAAGCCGAGUUUAUUGAGAAACAGAACUACUUGAUCCAGAAUAUAGAUGAGAUAUCAGAACCUGUUCUGUUGAAAAUAAUAAUCUCUUGUCUCUCAAACCUGCAGAGUGAUGAGCUUAAGCUAGCUCUGAAUGUGAUAAAACAAAAAUAAAUUUAAUCAUAUCUCUUUCUUGCUUGGCCAAGAGCGAUUGGCUCUAUUUAAUUUGGAAAGAAUUUUCUGAUUCCAGGUUUUAGAAGAAAUGUUCACAGAGCAAAUUAUUCAGCAGUUUAUUAACCAGGAGACAAAUGAACCUAAUUUUGAGAUCAAUCGAGUUGUACUGCAAGAUCUAGCCCAGAUUGUGUGAAAAUUAAUUGUUCCUUACCUCAGAAAAACUGAAAUUGAUCCAUUUUCUGUCCUAAUUCAGAGAUUUAUGCAUUGAGAGUGUCCUGAAAAUACCUCAGCCCAGGUAUGAGCUUAUAUAACCAUGACUUUUCUUCAAGAGCUUUUGCCGGAUACUCUGCCAGAUUUUCCUCGUGAAAGAAGGAACUAUGUUCAAAAGUUGCCGAAGGCAUUGUUGAAAAUCUUACCGAAAAUUUAUCAAAACCUUGAAGGGAUUGAUGAUCCCCAGGUUGAAACUUUAAUGCAUAAAAUAUGUUUGGUGUGCCCUGAAUGCCCAGUACCGAUUACAACAUCCCCAAAUCUCCAGGUUUUGAAAGAGACAAUCCUUAAAGAAGCGUACAUUACCAGUGAAGAUUCCAAUAAAAAUAUUGAGCAAUUCAAGCACAUAUUGGAGUGUCUGUAUCAAGCAAUUAUUGAAGCUACAUCAGAGAUUCAGCAGGGCCAGAGGGAAGAUAAAGCUGUCCAAAUGAGCCAUACAAUUUCACAAAUUCUAUGAUCUUUGAACUGUGCACAGAUAGUGUCUCUACCUUCGAGAUUAGAGCUACUUCAAAACUGGGUGACAAGUGUAACUGGGCUUGCUACUGAGCUACUUAAACAUGAUUUCUCAUUCACUUUCUCCGUGCUGGAGCAUAUUUCAGAUUUAAUCACUGAGUUAUCUCUACUAGAAGAUCAAGAGAUCCAAGAAGUUAUAACUUUACUUGAAAUAUUUAUGCGGGAAUAUGUUGAAAAAUGCCUCGGAAAAGAAGCUAAUAUAGGGGAAUAUCUUUGCCUUGGAACACAAGGAUAUAAAUAUCUUUCAGAAAUUUUAGCUAGUGACCAAUUCAAAAUCCUUAAGCAAGGAGUUGACGAUACCAGCCAAAUGGAAUCACUAAUCAGCACUGUGCUGGUCACUUGCCCAUUGAAAAAGGUAGAAGCUAAUAUUUUGAGAAGCAAGAGAGGAGAAUUUAAGACCAGAGCUCGACCACGUAUUACUUCAGCUGAAUUAGAGUAUACAGCCAAUGCUUUCUUAGCUAUCAAUGAAGUCUCCCUUGGCUUACUUGAGAAAGGAACAUAUUUGAAGAAAUAUUUUGAGUUCAGGAAGUUCUUGAUCAAGCUAUUUACAAAGGGAUCUGUUCCAAGAGAAUGCUCCGAGCUAUUAGAAAUGAUUUCAGCUUUACAUAAAAAGGAAAAUGUCUUCGACUUGUUGUUGAAUGUGUCUACUCAUUGUAUAAAACAAUUUAAUGAUUUUGACAUUAUCUCUAAUGAAAUUAGCAUCCAAUAUGAUCUAUUAAGGAACUACUCCACUAAUGUAACAAGCUUGAGAAUUUCAAAGGAAGUUUUUGAUGAGAUCAUCAAAAUUCAGGCCCAAAAAGAAUGAAGUGUGAUUCAGAAUAACCAGAAUUAUUCCCCUGAAUGGUCGCAGACUAAAUCUGAGUUAUUUGGAUGUUUGACGAGAUCAGUGAUUAUUCAUAAGCAGGUCUAUUACAACGAAGCCUUAGAUACGUUGCUAAACCACUUUUCUGAUAAAGUCUGAUUAGAUGUUGAAAUUGAUUCUCUAAACACGCUGUUAGAUUUCUUUUCAUUUAUUGCACAAAUCCGUGGAUUCUUAUAAAAGGGGCUUUCAUUGACACGGAGUUCAAAAACAUUUACUUGCUAAUUGAACAUUCUUGUUUACAUUCAAUUUUGAACAAAGCGAAGAUAGUAUUGAUGGAGCCAACAGGAAGCAAUCAAACUGAGCUGAGCACGCAGAAUGGUAUCUUUGAAGACGAUUACAAGCUAUGUCUGAUCACAGAGUUACUCUCCUUGCUAGACGGUAUUGUUAACUACCAUCCGUACCAGACAUACAAGUUUGAAGGCUCAAUUAUUGUCAGGACAUUUGACAACGAAACUAAAGUCAAUCUCAAUGAAGAGAUAGCUAGAAUUAUGGCAAUAGCAUUGGAGGUCAUCACCUCUUCUUUCUCUUGCAUUAGCAAGGAAGAGUUGAAGACAGAGGUUUUACAUAGCUUGGGCAAGUGUCUUAAGUUGUUUUGAACUAUGUGCGAGAAGUGAAAAAUUCAUAGAAGAAACUCUAAGAUGGAGAUUCCCAAUUUUCAUAGAUUCAUCAUGAAUUGACUCUAUCUUCUAUCAAAUUUGGAUUUUAAUGAAAUCAGUAUUUUGGAAGACAAGGCUGCUUAUGUGUACAGGUUCAUGGAUAAGUUAUUUGAUGUGUUUCUAUGCCAUCAGGAUUACUCAGAGAUUAUUCAAGUGUUAAACGAGCCUCAAUUCCAUCAGUUCUUGAUAAACUACCUCAAAUUUGCAAUUGAAAAUUGCAGCAGUGAUGCAUCUAUGGGAGAGAACUUUCAAAGCCCUGGAAUUCCUGCAGUCUCCAAUAUGUUAAUCUCAAAGGGAGUUUUGUCAAGAAUAAACUACUUCAUACAUAAGGCAUCGGAGAGUCCUAACCCAGAGACUCUUGAUGUAGAUACUUCUAGGCUCUCUUCUGUGCUCAAACUCGGUCCCAUCUUCGAAGUCUUUGUUGGGAAUAACCGUGAAGGAUUAAUAAAGAUUUUUGAUUUUUGCUUAACUCAAAUUUUGAUAAAACGAGAAACUAAAAAUUGAGGGACUAUAACAGAGAUUUUGCUAGCGAUUUUAGGUCUCAAAUACAGGAACGAACAAGGAGAGCCACAAACUAUUCUAGCACAAGAAGAACUAGCCCAGCUUUGUGACAUCAGUGAAAAAUACGAACCAAAUUCAAGAAAAGUUAUUGAAGAGCUAUACACCGAGGCAAUGAAGUAUGAUUUCAGCAACAGAGAGAAGAACAUUAACUUUAUAAUUCAAGAGUUCUUAAGAGCUUAG